UCGAAUAAUUUUUUUUUCAGGCAGGAGUUUUACCGACUCGAAAGGUUUAUUUUUCAUUUAUUUAGCUACAUGGAAGGCUAAUAUGGAGUAAAUAUACUCUUGUUAAAAAAUUAAUGCUUUCAAGACUCGAUAAACCAAGAAGAGCAGCACAACAAGAAAAUUAAUGACCAUGAGUACUAGUCAUGUUUAUGCGGUGAAGACCCUUUAUUGUCGUAUUUUAUCACUGCACCGUGGUUUACCUCUAGAAUUAAGAGCCCUGGGUGAUCAGUACAUAAGAGAUGAGUUCAGAAGACACAAGAAUGUGACAAUGGAACAAGGUGCUGAUUUUUUGCAAGAAUGGAAGAUGUAUGCGGACAUGUUACAGCAACAGCAAAAACAAGGUCUUCGGAAUUUGGGAAAUGACUUAUCGGUCAAUGAAAUAGAUAGUUUUUCAGACGAACAAAUUGGACAACUUUUUGCUCUCCAUCAAGAAGCUACCACAUCUUCUUCCGAAGAAAAUAAAGACAAAACAAAUAAAUGAGACCAAUCAUAGUCAAAAUCACACACGGCUUUUACCCCUCUGGUAUCAACUUUAAUGUCGGCGUCUUAAGAUGGAGGGCGGCCAUGAUGUCAUUCUCAAUUUUCUACAUUCAUCGAUGGCGUACUCGACAGUUGUUUUGGAAAGAUAUUUUGUGCGUGUAAUUUUGUAUGAAUUAUCUUAGUGGCUUACAAUUGAUCUUUGACUACAAUGGCUCAUAUUAGCAGGAUUGAAACGCGACGUGUCUUUUUUCAGUAAAAGCAUGUAUAUCAAGUCUAUUCCAUUUUGUGGAUUAUGAUAUCGAUUGAAAACCAGAUCUUCGAAGCCAAUGGUUUGGUAGAAUGAAACUCGACUUUAUAAACUGAAGGCAGUCAUACAACCGGGUUAUAUAUAUUAUAUAUGUCUUUUUCAUUCACUUUCUGUGCUAUUAUGAUACAAAUGCAAUCCAGCCGCAGACAUUUCGGAUUGAACUUCACCUUCUACUAGUCCAAUUUUAUAAGUUGGUGGUGCUUUGCCAGCGGCAAAGCUAAAGAUUUGUCAUUAACCUAUUCUCCAUCAAGGAAGUGUGGUUUGUCGUCAUCGCCGUCAAUUUCAUGGGAAUUAAAACUACAACACGAGGGUUUAUCAAGAUAUUUAUCAUGAAUUCUAAUUAAAAAAUAAUUUCACUAUA